UGUCUUGUUUUCUCUUUCAGACGGAAUGAACACUCCUUGUUGAAUGCCUCCAGAUUUCCUGUGGGAUUUCACACGUGGAGAAUUUUUUCCUUUUGGUUGAAGCUAUUUUGUGGCAGAUUAAAUUGUGGAUUCAGGGUUUCCCAAGGUUUUUCGAUCUUGAGGACGUAACAACAGCUGAAUCACGUUAACCUGACAUCAGAGCCACGAUGGUGCUGUCACAAAGGCAACGAGAUGAACUAAAUCGAGCAAUAGCAGAUUAUCUUCGUUCUAAUGGCUAUGAAGAAGCAUAUUCAGUUUUUAAAAAGGAAGCCGAAUUAGAUGUGAAUGAAGAGCUAGAUAAGAAGUAUGCUGGACUUCUGGAGAAAAAAUGGACAUCAGUUAUAAGAUUACAAAAGAAGGUUAUGGAAUUGGAAUCCAAACUAAAUGAAGCAAAGGAAGAAUUCACAUCAGGUGGACCUCUUGGUCAGAAACGAGACCCUAAAGAAUGGAUCCCUCGUCCUCCAGAGAAGUAUGCAUUGAGUGGACAUAGGAGUCCUGUCACUCGAGUAAUUUUCCAUCCAGUUUUCAGUGUUAUGGUCUCUGCUUCAGAGGAUGCCACAAUAAAGGUGUGGGAUUACGAGACAGGCGAUUUUGAACGAACCCUUAAGGGACACACAGACUCUGUGCAGGAUAUUUCCUUUGACCACAGUGGCAAACUAUUGGCCUCUUGUUCUGCUGAUAUGACCAUUAAGCUAUGGGAUUUCCAGGGCUUUGAGUGCAUCAGAACCAUGCAUGGUCAUGAUCAUAAUGUUUCUUCAGUAGCCAUCAUGCCCAAUGGAGAUCAUAUAGUCUCUGCCUCGAGGGAUAAAACUAUCAAAAUGUGGGAGGUUCAAACAGGUUAUUGUGUGAAGACUUUUACGGGACACAGAGAAUGGGUGCGCAUGGUGCGGCCUAACCAAGAUGGCACCCUGAUUGCCAGUUGUUCUAACGACCAGACGGUGCGUGUUUGGGUAGUAGCAACAAAGGAGUGCAAAGCUGAGCUCCGAGAACAUGAGCAUGUGGUAGAAUGCAUUUCUUGGGCUCCCGAGAGCUCAUACUCCACCAUAUCGGAAGCCACAGGAUCAGAGACUAAGAAAAGCGGUAAGCCUGGGCCUUUUCUGCUGUCUGGAUCCAGAGACAAAACCAUUAAGAUGUGGGACAUUAGCACUGGCAUGUGCCUUAUGACACUUGUGGGCCAUGAUAACUGGGUACGUGGAGUUCUGUUCCAUUCUGGGGGGAAAUUUAUUUUGAGCUGUGCUGAUGACAAGACCCUACGCGUUUGGGACUACAAGAACAAACGAUGCAUGAAAAGCCUCAAUGCGCACGAACACUUUGUUACCUCUUUGGAUUUCCACAAGACGGCACCAUAUGUGGUUACUGGAAGUGUAGAUCAAACAGUAAAAGUGUGGGAGUGCCGUUGAUUUGAAUUCACAUUUGACCCCCUUUUCCUCUGGAUGCACUCAGAUACCAUGGUUACCCAUUGAGCUCUGUUUAAAUAAAUAUUGUCCUUUCAUGUAAAUUAUUCUGGAUGUAGAUUGAGCUUAUUAAAUGUUACACACAAAGUAUUCAUGCAUGGUGAAUCCAAAUUGUAUACUGUAAAUUUACAUACGUUGUCUAGAAGUACCAUAGGUUUAAGAACAUGGGCUGGCAUUGGUCACAUCAGACCUAAGAAGGCAGAAGUUGGAUAAUUGGAAUAGGGCACUUAACUGAAUAGUUGACAGUGUCGUUCUAUGUUGGAUAAUUAUACCUGUUUUUCUUUCUGCUGUCUGUUGGUGCCUGAAUUGGUGACCUCAUUUGGGAAAAGUUUUGUAGGGCUCUUUCAGAAAUGUGUAUCUAUGUAACAUCACUUAAGUGUGCUUAAUAAAUCUUCUCUAAGGAUACUAGAUAAUAAGGCUGCAAUUCAGAAUCUUCUGAACCUUAUAUGUAAUUAAUGGGAAUUAAUUAAACUUUGGAAUUUUUGUCAUGACACAGUUGCCAAAUCAAUAGAACACAUCAUUUGUUUUGGCCUCCUAUCACACAAAGGUUGGUAUAUUUAUAGAACUAACUUGUAAACCUGAAAUGAGACAACAGAUCUCGUAGCAGCUGAUGUAAUAAAUAUAUUUAUUUUUAUUUGGUCAUUCAGUAGUUAAGCUGUACUGUAAAACUAAGCUUAAAGUAUUUUCCUCGCUAGACAAACUUCCAGGAGGAGCUGUCCAUACUACUAGAAUUUAGUGAUCUAAUUUCCAAGUAGAGCUUAAUCUCCCUGUUGACUAUACUGUGGUACAACUUACUGUUUGUUUUUCAUGUGUGGUGGUUUUUUUUUUUUUUUAGGGAUGUGCAAUGCCCAUUAUACAAUGAUAUCAAAGUUUCCUUUGUAUUAUUGUUCCUGUGCGGGAGGUUGGGGAAUACAGGGGUUCCUCAGUGCUCAAGAAACCCUUCUGUAGCAUGACAAAGUUCAACAUGGCUUGCAUCAAAAUUUAUGGUGGAAUGUAUAUUGAGAGAGCUAGGGGUACAGUAUUCCAAUUCUUUAAAGAAAGCACUAAAAAUACUUUAGAAAAUGGAUCAGAUGAUAAAAUGGUAGACUCCAUUAAAGAUUUUGAUACAAGCUUCCUAAAACUUUUAGCCUUAAAAUAAAUUGCCCAAGUGUGGGAAUGAUACUAGUAAGUAAAUAUUAAAACAAACCAACAGAAAUGGUCUGAUUUGGUAAAUUAGUGUAUUCAUUUGGUGUAGAAGAAUUUUUAACUUGCAUAUCCCUAAUGUUACAUAUUUUGAUCUGAUGUGAAUGAAAAAUAUUACGUGAAUAUUUUAAUCAGCUUUUUGUGAGAAAUUCCAUUGUAGAUGAUUAAGAAUUCCAUUACUUAUCCAACUAACCAGGUCUUUUAAAAAUCCCCUUUAAAAUUUACAGUGUAAUGAAGUACCAGUCUGACAUUUUAACAGGUGAAUUGAUUCUGUGCUUUGUUUUAUUCAUUUUGUUUAAUCCAUGGCUUUUAAAACUGUCCCUUUUUAAAGAUGUAAUAAAUUGGCAAGCAUUGGGUUGGAGGAUGUACACACUAAGAAAACGGUGAGGGUUAAGAGCUGUUGAUUUCCUACAGUCACGCAGAAGGGUUGGUGCCUCCACCAGAAGGAGUUGGAUCCCUGUACUGGUUCCUUGCAUUGACAUGCCUCUGGGGCGGAGGAAACUGAGUGCUAAUGUAUUUUGGGAGCCAGGUUAAGAUCCCGGCUAAUUCCUUAAAUCCAGUGGUUUAUAUUGUUUUGAAUAAUACUUCCACAGUUGAACAUGCACAAAUUUGAAGUCUUUUUUUUUUUUUUUUUUGCAUUAGCUGUUUUGACUGGAAUGGUUUGCUGCUAUUUGUCCUAUUUUGAGAAUUCCAAAUACACAGAAGUGGUGCAUUUUAAAAUUCCUGUAUACAUCUGCAAGUGUAUAGUAGUACAGCAUUUUAAUUCCUGAUAGGAUGUAGCAACUUUAUUUAAUGGUGAAGUAAACCACAAUUGUGUACAUAAUUCAUAAACAUGAAUGAGAAAUUAAAGGUACCUGUUAUGUGGAAAUUUGUCCACGGCAUUUCUUUCCCUGUCGCAUGUAACAGUUUACAAGGACAAAGACUUAACUAAAAUCUUGUGAGCAGCAUUUUGUUUUUGAGGUGAAACAUCUUGCUGAAUAUUUAGACUUUUAAACAGCUUGAUUUGCAACCUUCUCCUUUUUAAUAAGCAGUGAAUAAUCUCAGGGAUGGUCCUAAAAUGGAUCAAAAAUUAAAGCCCUGUUUAGACAAAGAAGAAAAAAGUCAAAAGAAACAACACAGAAGUUGGAUUUACGAGAGUUUCUUGCUUUGUUGCCUCUUGAUAUUACACUGUGUUGAUCUUUUUUCACUGUCUGCAAUGUUUCUGUCAGCUGUCUAAUCCUGUGCCUUUCCUGUGAUAAGUACAAUAAUGAGGUUACUGGUUUGGAUUGUGAAAGGAAUUUAUUGGAGGAUUUUAGAGGUUCACUGCUGCUUUGUCACUUUUCCUUACUAAAAUUGGCAUUGCUGAAAAUAAUACGUAUAUAGAACUGCAUUACCAAAUAGACAACAGCAAAAAAAUUUUUUUUGUUUGUUUUAAAAUGAGGACAGACAGACAUUCCAGUGCCACACUAAUUUAACGUGCCCAGGAAGUCCUAGAUGCAUUCUUGAAAGUGCAAAAUUUAUUGUGGUUUAGACGUGAUCUGAAAGCCGAUGGUUUUUAUAGCAUCUUGCACUUUAGAAGAGUAAAAAGCCGUCCUGCUUUUGUGUGUGGUGUGACCAAUGAUGUGCCCGGGGCACUAACUAAAAAGAAAAAAAAAAAAACACAAAAAAACAAAAACUAGUUGCUAGCAAGUUGUCCAAGGGCUGUGGAGCACUGUAGUAUUUUGAAAGCUUUGGCUAUAGAUUCACCAAGCCCAGUCUACUUAUACUGUCAGUACCCUGCUUCUCCUGUUUGCCUCCUUCUGUUUUUAUGUGAACUGCCUGGUAAUAUCACUCUUAAGUAGCUUUUGUCUCCCAUGAAAGCUAUUUAAACAAAAAAAAAUAUACCUUCUUUUUGUUGACAGUGGUGGCUUGAUAAUCCUUUUAACAAUUUGAGUAUAAAACUUGCUGAAUAGAAUGAAGGAAAAACACACUUGGAAUGACUCUUCUCUGUCCAGCUGUACAUAAAGUUCAGGGUAGCUUAAAAUAAGUUAAUACCAAGAAACUCUAUUAGUAAAGAAAUUAUACAUGUAUAAAAAGGAAGGGGGGGAAAAACACUCUGGGGGUGGGGAAGGGUGAGCUGGAUUUACAAGUCACGACUGGAUUUAACUGGCCUUUUUUAUCUUUCCACUGUGUCAUGUAAGUAGCUGCUUUCUUGUCCUACCUAUUCUUCAGGCUUCCCUGAGUUCAUUCUGAAGAUACGUUAGUGAAAUCUUCAAGUUUAGAAGUUGAUCCUGACAUUUGACAUGAAGGCAAACGUCGAUAUUUUUUCUUUUUUCAUAAGAACGAUAUAGAGGUUGCAAUUGGAGAAAACAGUUCCCAGACUGUAGGAGUUAACUGAAGAUAUUGACACACAUAAAAUAAAAUUAAAAAAAAUCAGUAAAGGAAUGUAUAUAAUACUGCUCUGUGUUUUACAGUAAGAUUUGUUGCUCUCAGACUGUGUAAAACAAAAUUUAUUCAUGUUUUCUGCAUAUUAAAAAAAUCUUAUUGUACCAAUUGGUAAACUAUUAAAUGCAUAUAAAACUAGA